UGAUUACUUUUAUAUGAAAUGGUUUGUGAAAAAUGUGAAAAGAAGCUUGGUAAAGUGAUCACCCCAGACCCCUGGAAAUCUGGGGCGAGAAAUACCACAGAAGGUGGAGGACGCAAACUGAACGAAAACAAAGCUUUAACGCAAGGAAAGAACAGAUUCAGUCCAUACAGCAGUGGAAAGUUUGUCAAGUGUCGCGUGUGUAAAAGUUUGGUUCAUCAAAUCGGAGCAAAAUUUUGCCAAGGGUGCGCAUAUAAGAAGGGUAUAUGUGCCAUGUGUGGAAAGAAAAUGAUCAACACAACGAACUAUAGACAAUCAUCAUCUUGAUGGUUCAGUGUUGGAUUGAUUAACCUGAAGCACAAGUAUUGAUUUCAGAAAUCGGUUGUACUGCCCCCAAGGGUGUUCACUAUACCUUGUGACAAAAGAGCACAAAUGCAUGGCCUCAGACUGAAAGACUUUAUUGGAACAUCACAGCUAGCUUUGCAAUUCAGAUUAUAAGAAGUAAUCAACUCAACUUUUGUGUUCUGGGCCUGAAAUAAUGAAAGUUAUUUUGAAUUGUUAGAACAAUUACAGUAAUUAUAAAUAAAAGCGCUUUUGUCUUCUCAAAUGUGGGACAUUUACUGUAAAUGAAAUGUGUUAACAAUGUUAACAUAUCUGCAGUUAAAGAAAUCUGUUCAUUUCGGUCUUUGGUUUAAACAUUGUAUCAGUACAUUCGCCAUGUGUUGAGUGUUAACUUUUUAUGCCCUCGUUUACAACAAUUGUUUUUGCAG